AUGGAACAGAUAACAGCCGCUUCCCAGUUCCUCCUCCAGUCCCCGCCCGGCCAAAUCAACGACGUCCUGAACGAUGUCCGCAACAUCAUCGGCGACGACGAGGCGCUUCAAGAGGGCAUCCUCCCGGUGCUGGUAGAGUAUAACCUCGCGCAGUUCAUCGAAGCAGAUGUGCCCGGCACCGAGCACAACGCCAUUGUCAGUGAGGCAGCGAAGCUGCCCGGGGAGGAAGACCGGUUCGUGGACCCGAGAUCCAAAACCAGUUACAGAUUCGACCACAUAGCAUUGGAAGCAUCCGACUCUCAGAACUGGGAGCCCGACGAGGAGUCGGAACCCUUCCGCUCCGCCCUUGAGACUGCCGCCUUGAAGUAUUUGGACUCGCACUAUCGGGACGGGACUGUGUCUACAUUCGCCACAGCUGGCUCUUCAUCUCGCUUUACCAUCCAGAUCGUUGCCAAUAAAUAUAACCCGAACAAUUACUGGUCCGGGCGGUGGAGAUCAGAGUAUAUCGUAGACUUGGCCGCAAACAGUGUGACCGGGCUCAUUCUCGUCAACGUGCAUUACUACGAGAAUGGCAACGUCCAGCUGGAGACCAAGCACGACGGCAGCCUUGCACUCCCUCCAGCUAUCAACACCACCUCUCCUACGCCAUCCGCGACGAAAAUCCUCGCUCUGAUUCAGGAGUUCGAGGGAGCCUACCAGAACUCUCUCGCUGAUACAUACCACGACAUGAGCGAGAAGUCCUUCAAGUCCUUACGCCGCGCUUUACCGCUCACUCGCCAGAAGUUGGACUGGGAUAGGGUGCUUGGGUACAAGCUUGGGCAGGAGUUGUCAGGCGCAAAGAUCGGCUCAUCAUGA